AUGUUAAACGUCUUUGCCUUCCCCGGAGCAGAUGUGGUGCACCUGGAGGACUUGAAGUACCGCCGUCGCUUCGGUCGGACGUGGGGAGAAUACGAGGGCUGCCACCCAAUUCUCUUCACGACAGACCAUGACUUGAUCAAAGUGAUCACCGUCAAGGAGUUCUCCAACUUCGCCGACCGGCGAAAUUACGAUAUCAAACAGGAAAUUUUCCGAAACAAUCUCGCCCUCUUACAGGGUGAGCAAUGGAAAGCAGUGCGAUCCUUGUUGGGGCCAGGAUUCACGGGACGCCGAAUGAAGAGUGCGGUGGACACUUUCCUGGAAUCCGCCAAGACCUUGACGCAACUGCUGAAGCGAGACGGGAAAGAUGGAAAGAAAGGUCUUGAGAUCACCAGGUAUUUGUCCUGCUUUGCAUUUGACGUAAUCACCUCAUAUGGUUUUGGCGUGGAAGUUUCGUCCAUGGAAAAUGCCGAAAAUCCAUUUGUGAAAAAUGCAAUCCGCCUCUUCACCUCUGCGAACUUCGGAAACCCCAUGAUCGUAUUCGCGCUGGCAUUCCCAAAAAUAUUGAGUUUCUUGGACUUGUUUCCGCCGGAUGCGCAUGACUUCUUCGUCAAGGCUAUCCCGGACAUCGUCAAGGCUCGGAAGGAUAGUCUGGAUUCCGGCUUGAGGAAGGAUUUCGUCGACAUCAUCCUUCAGGCGAUCAAGCAGUUGGAGGAGAACAAGGAAUACAAGCGGAUGGGAAUAACGCAAAAGUUGCUGGAGGAACAGCUCAUGUUAUUUUUCAUCGCCGGCUUCGACACGGUGAAGACGGCCAUGAGUUUCACUUCCUACUACCUCGCCCUCCACCCGGACAUCCAAUCCCAAGUGAGAGAGGAGAUCCUGGAUGCCAUCAAGGAAACGGACGGAGAGGUCAGACACGACACCUUAUCCAAGUUACCCCUCUUGGAUGCAUGCAUCGCUGAGUCACUUCGCCUUCAUCCCCCACUUAAUCGCCUGGAAAGGGUCGCCAAACGUGACUUUCAGUAA